AUGUCAGUGGAGGAGCAGCUCAGUGAAACGGAGGUUCGCACACUGCCAGCAAAUCAGUCUGACUUCACACUCCUGAACGCCGAGCUCAUUGCAAAAAAAAUCCAGCGAGCAAUGCCGGAGGGGGGCGUUCCAACGCCAGAUGUUGUUGCUAUGAUAUCACGGGCCGCGGAACACAAACUGCGGGGAAUGCUUGUCAAACUGGCUGUCGUCGCGGAACACCGUCUCGAGCCCCUUCGUAAUCACCCAUAUUACCGGACCAUUGAUGAUACUCGUCGCCAACUGCGAUUCGUGGAAGAGGUGGAACGACUCGAAUAUGAACGAAGAGAGAGUCGGGAAAAGGAGGCUCUAAUUCGCCUCAGUAAAAGCAAAGGAAAGGACAAGGAUAUCCAGAGAGCCGACCAGGAAGCUGCGCGAAACCGUGAUGCCAACGCCGCCGCUAUAGCUGCACUAGGUGGUGGGAAAAUAAACAAGAAACCAUGGUCCGAUUCGAAUAAUCCUUUAGACCAGCCAGUUGCCAGUGGA